GCCAACAAAGCGUCGCUGAACUUGAUGACAUCACUGCCAAUUUGCAGUCGCUGAACAACCGUCCUUACGAUGGUGGACUAAGUUCUUUAUCCUUGGAAAGUGAAAUGGCAGAUUUUCUUAGGCGGAGGCAGCAGGCCCCAAUUCAGGAUUUCCCAUGGGUCGAGAUUAAAGAAGUCCCUUUCGUUGAUGGGCGAGGUCUGUAUGCCAAAACACACAUCCCAAAAGGCUCAGUGGUUUGUGAUUACCCGGGAAAAAUGUGCGAUUUCGAAGAAGCGAGUAAGAUUUUGAGUCAAAUGACGGAGAAAGAGCGCAAACAUGCGGAAAGUUUCCUUGUCGAUUUCACGGUCGACUAUCAUGAGAGGUCUUUCCACCUUGCGAUCUUCGGACACGAGCCCAUCUUUAAGGACACGGUGGUGUUAGGUCGCUACAUAAAUCACAGCGCUGUCCACCCAAACCUUGAUGGUGAAGUAGUCAGUCGCGGAAACGGACACAUGAAGACAAUGUUAAUAUUCCGUGCAACAUGUGACAUCAAGGUAGAUCGUAGUCUUGAUGUACCCCUUGAACGACGAAAUUUAUUCUACAGAUUGGAGAGCAACUACUAUGGAAUUAUACAAGUAAUUUUGGGAGAGAACGCCUGA